AUGGCCCCUGGUCUUGUUGAAACAACCCUGCCUUAUAUCAAUGGGACCUCCAAACAACAUACCGACAGGCCCAGAGAGGUCUGGGGCACAUCUUUACCAACGCGAAAGCUUUCUCCCCAUGAAGAUGUUCACUACGAUACUGGCUUGAAGCCUCGUGCUCAUCGGAUCACUUCAGGUUCAUUUACGUCGAAGAUCCUGUUCUUGAACGUUCAAAUCUUGGAUUCUACUGGAGCGCAGCCAUAUCCUGGUGAUGUCCUGAUUCAGGGAGAACGUAUUAGCUAUGUUGGAACUGUUCCUGGGGUCGAAAAACUGCGCGUCGACCCCAGCGUUAAGGUCAUCCAGGGUAAUGGGCGAACGCUAAUGUCUGGCCUGGGAGACGCCCAUACUCACCUCACUUGGAAUGGAGGGGCCCUAGAUAACUUGGGAGACCUCGGCAUCGAGGAGCAUACGCUGUGCACGGCCCGGUCCGCCAUGAUGUAUUUAGAUUCUGGAUACACAAUGUGCUUCGGGGCUGCCUCAGCUAAAGACCGUUUGGAUAGCGUUGUUCGCGAUGCUAUCAACCAAGGGAUACUGCCGGGACCGCGUUAUUUGGCCAACGCCAGAGAGAUCGCUCGGAGGGGAGGCGAGCUUGCCGCAGAAAUUACUGCAUUUGCAGACGGGCCAUUGGAGAUGCGAGAAAUUAUACGGAGUCAUGCUAAAAUCGGCGUGGACCAGAUCAAGUUGAGCAUGUCUGGGGAAGAUAUGGUGGAUACUAGACCUGCAAAUGACUGCUACUUUACUGACGAUGAAGUGGCGGCAUGUGUUGAUGAAGCACAUCGUCAUGGAUUAAGGGUAUGCUCUCACGCCCGAUCUCGCGAUUCGAUUGCUCAAUGCAUCAAACACGGAGUCGACGUAAUAUACCACGCCAGCUACAUGGAUGAAGAGACCAUGGAUGCACUCGAAAAGAACAAGCAUAAGCACGUCGUCGCUCCCGGUCUUAAUUGGCUCUAUGCAACUCUUCACGAUGCGGCUCCAUUCGGUAUCUCGUAUACCCAGGCUGAGAAAACUGGAUACAAAAAGGAAUUGGAGGCAGCGAUUAGAGGUUGCAAGGAAAUGCAUGAAAGGGGUAUUACUGUUCUUCCAGGUGGUGAUUACGGCUUCGCCUGGACACCUCAUGGUACCUAUGCUCGAGACCUAGAGCAUUUCGUCAAGCUUCUUGAUUACACACCCAUGGAAACUAUCAUCGCUGCGACUGCUGGCGUGGCACGACUCUUUAUGCAAGAGCGUGAGCUCGGCAAGAUUCAACCAGGCUAUUAUGCAGACUGCAUCUUGGUGGAUGGAAAUCCCCUGAACGACAUCAGCAUUUUACAAGACCAUGACCGGCUCAACGUUAUCAUGAUCAAUGGCAGAAUCCACAAAGCCUCUCCAAAGGACUUUGCACAGCAGUUGACUAGUGCACCUGCUAUUGAAGAGGCUGUACCACAGAAAGAUCACUUCAGCAACUUCAUCACCUUUUUGGAUGAGCAUGGCAAGCAGCGUGUGGGCCAUCUUGACCUUGGUACUAUGAGAGUGACCCAAUUAGUUAUGCCCUCUGGAGCUCCUGUCAGCUCAUUGUAUCAAGUUAUCGAGCUUAAGAAUGAAGUGACACCCGUGGGUGAGCCUACUUCUGUCGAAGAGGUCCGGAUUCUACCUCCAUUCAGUGAUCGUGAUAUCCUAGCAGUGGGUAAAAACUACGCAGAGCACGCUGCAGAGUUUAACAAAAGCGGGUAUGACUCUAGCGACAAGAUUGAUCAACCAUCACACCCAGUCAUGUUUACCAAGCGAUCUACGAGUAUAAUUGCCAGUGGUGAAGAGAUAUACUCCCAUCCUGAGUUUACUGAAUCUCUUGACUAUGAGGGAGAAAUUGGUGUGGUUCUUGGGAGGUCAGGGUACCAAAUCCCAGAGGAGGAAGCUAUGGAUUAUGUUUGGGGCUAUACCAUCAUCAACGAUGUUACAGCGCGCGAAAGACAAAGAGACCACAAGCAGUUCUAUAUCGGGAAAUCCGCGGACACCUUUUGUCCCAUGGGCCCAAUCGCUGUGCCAGCCGAGUAUCUCCCCAAGAAACUCCGCGUACAAACCUUCGUUAAUGGGGAGAAGCGCCAGGAUGCUACCACAGACGAUCUCAUAUUCUCUAUUCCAACUUUGAUCAAGACCCUUUCCGAAGGUACUACCCUCAGAGCAGGUGAUGUAAUUGCUACUGGGACCCCUGCCGGUGUAGGAUUCGGACAGAGCCCCGUUCAGUUCUUGAGACCUGGCGACCGAGUUGAGGUCGAGGUCACCGGACUUGGUCGUCUUCAAAACGUCGUUGGCGCCGAAUCGGAGAAGUUGAGCAACGGUCUCAUACCUUCAGAAUCAAAAUCUCACCUUCCAGACCUCAAUGUGGAGACUACCGCUGGUGGGGCCGGCUUAACUGAAAUAGGAGGAAAGCAGAUGAAUAUACAAAAGAUAGGAAACGGUCCCGAAACAGCCAUUUUCGUCCAUGGCUUAGGCGGUACAAGCGAAUACUUUACUCCAUUCGUCAAAUCCAGAGACUUCGAGUCCCGAUUCACCAGCUACGUCUACGACUUGGAAGGUCACGGCUUGACGCCCACCAACAUCGCGUCCCAAGUCACGAUCGGAAGCUAUGCCGAUGACCUCGCAAACAUCAUCGACUUCACAAGCAUUACCACACCAAUCACUCUCAUCGCACACUCAAUGGGCUGUCUCGUCGCCAUAACAUAUGCUCUCCGGGACCCGUCCAGAAUCAAAAAUCUCAUCCUCAUGGGCCCAGUCUCAACUCCCCUUCCACCACCAGCCCAACAAGCCCUGACCGCACGCGCGCAGGCAGUCCGAACCAAAGGCCUCUUGGGCUCCGGGACCGCCGACACAGUCAGCGACGCAGGCACCUCCUCCGCAACCAAAAUGUUCCAACCAGUCGCAUACACAGCCGUCCGGUCCUCCCUUCUGAACACAAAUCCAGAAGGAUACGCUAAAGCUUGCACGGCACUUGUCGGGUGCGAGGCAUUGGCGAUCGAGAAAUUAACAAUGCCAGUAUUGGUUAUGACCGGUGAUGAGGAUAAGACGGCGUCGGUCCAGGCUGUUACUGCUAAUGUGCAUGAGCGGCUUGCGGAUUCGAGAUUGGAGAUUCUGAAGUGUACAGGGCACUGGCAUGUUUAUGAAAACCCGGAGGGUGUUUCGAGGGCUAUUAGGUCGUUUCUGGCCUGA